AUGAAUGAUAUUCUCAAGUUUUUUCUAAUUUUCGUCUUAUUCUGCUCUGUCUAUGCUUGUGGAUCAAGUGGAUCAUGCGGCUGUUGUGGUUGCCGUGCGAAAGCCAAGGCCAGAGCUGCCAAGACGAAUUCUGUGGAUAUGGAAGACUUCGAUGAACGUGACGAUGGUAACAUAUUCGGUCUGUCCAUAUGGAACAAUACAAACAUUCAGAAUGAAGUUCAGAAUAAAGAACGUGUAACGAAUCCUAAUUUCCUGUUUCAUCGCUGCUGUGAAGAACGUCGUCUACCUCCAUCAUGUAUUCAACAAUGUCAUUUCAAUGCUUUUACUCGUGAUGUGCUACACAGCAUUUUCCUUGGAACUCAUCAGUGUCCAAUGGAAUUUUUGGCUGAAAUGCAGUUCUGCGCAGCUCAGGGAAUGGAUCACCGUCGUUGCUGCUCUGCACGAGGUGUUGGUGGGACAACAGCUGGAACGAAGUGCUUGACUUUCUGCGAUCAACGUCCGGAUCUUUAUACUCCAGUUGACUACAGCUAUGCUCCAUGUUUUGAAAGAUUUGAAAACAUGAAACGUUGCUUCUAUGAGGACGUUCGCACAGCAGCUGAACGUCGUUUUCUUCCCAUGCUCACCGACGAUUCAUCAAACGAAGCAGCAUCUGAUGUAUAA